UUAGAUGUGAUGUUUUUUAAUAGAAAAGGAAAUGGCAGAUUUGUUCGUUUUUUUCUGUAACGUGUACAACGCAGAUGAUCCCUUGCGCGAAAACAGUGUGACAAGUAGCGACAUAGCCCAACAUUAAAAUGAAAAUAAUCACGUUGUAUAUGUAUCGCUUAAUGGUAAAGUCAGUGUGAAAUAACAAAGAAAAAUAUACAUGGCCAACUCAGAGAGGGCAGAAAAAGAAGGGUACGAGACAGAUAAAACGAAUGGCGGCUUCAGUCCGGGCCGCAGCCUAAUAGAUGCUUACAGAUUUAACAAGCGAACAAAAUGCUGUGAAUAUCUCUCCGUUCAAGAAUAACAGGCGACCGAAACAAAUAUGACGUCCAGUUAUAAGUGGGAGAAGGAGCAGAAGAGGAGACUCCAGAAUUUUCUUUCUGACCUGGCUAUGCUGGGCUCCUUACAGGGUUUUCGCUAUUUUCAGCCUUGGCUGAGAGGGAGAGAGGAGCUGUUGCUCACCAUAGUAAAUGAGGAUCUGGGAUGGCACUCCCCAGGGUUCCCAGUUUCCAUGGCAUCGUCCUUCAGCAGUACCACUGCAGGCAGCAGCAGCAGCAGUGAUGUCAGCUCUCCACUCUCUGGAGUCCAGCCCACACAGGGACCACCACAGCAGGCUAGCAGUAGCAAUGAAGCCCAUCUACUUCCAGCUUCUCCCAGUGAGAGGGAGAUAGCUGUGCCUGAAAUAAACUGCACCCUUUUCCUAUUGGCUGGCUAUGCAAAGUAUGGCAGACCCUAUGCCUGGAUUCGGUCUAAUCACGAGCGCCUGGUGAAUAUUGGAGGAACGGACUCCAUGGUUAGAGACACACCCAUGAAACUCAAGUCAAUCACAGACUGGGGCUCACAAGGGACAAGGGUGUGGGAUGUAGUGAGUGAACUAGUGGGUCUGUGUACCAUUCCUCCUCCUGCCAAUCCCUUUUCCCUGGACAUGCGCUACCUUCAAACACUUCCCCUCUCAGAGCGAUUCCUGGUCUCUGGGGCGCUCAUUAACUUCAUGGAUAUGCUUGUUGUCCAAUGCAGCCAGGAGGAACCAUUCUACAGCAAGGUUGUGGAGGAGGUGGACUCCCUGAGGCGUCUCCAUGUACAGGCCCUCUGGGAGGUGCAGCGCCUACGAAGCCAAGCUCUGACUGUGGAGCAGGGUCCGUCAGAACAACAGUGAUAGAGGCGAGACCACAGACCCUCUGGGGGUUACUGGAAACGCUGGGUGGAUCACAAAUUAGGGCUUUUAGACUCCAGCAGCAGCUCCUUUAACAAUGGUGAUUGAGUUUGUAAGAAUACGAACGUCAUUGCUUCUCUCUCUCUCCCCCCCCCUCUCUCUUCUCUCUCUCCCCCCCCCCCCCUCUCUUCUCUCUCUCUCUCCCCCCCCCCUCUUUCCCAGAUUUUUAUGGGCUUUUGUUUCCAAUUUUCCCUAAUACUUACUUUAGGCAGUCUUUGUAUAUUAAAAUGUGCCAUUUUGGGGGUUAACACUUAUCCGGUGGUAUAUAUGCAUUUGAAAUAAAAAUCUGAGUUAAUUUACAGUAAUUAUACGGAAUGCAAAGAACACAAAAUGCUUAUCGUUUCAUCCCAAAUAUGAAUGUAGCAAAUUAACUGUAUCUCCAUGAAAUGAUAAAAGGCUGAAAAGAAAUGCCCAAUUUUCUUCUGCUGAAGCUGUAUCACAAGUAUGCAUUGAAUACAUUUAUAACCAUUAUUUUGCAUGGAUUACUUGUUUUUAAGGUAUGAAUAACUUUUGGUUUCCCUUUUAAUUUUACAAAAAGAAUGAGAUUAUUAUCCCUAUUUUAACCCAGAAAUUUCAGUGACAUGUGAAAAUGACACCUCAGUAAAAGGUGGCCAUUUUUGGUGAUAAUUGAUCAUUUAUUUCUCAGUAACUACUUGGGAUCUGGAGCUCUUGCUUCAGUCUUUACAGAUAGUUAAGGAAUAUACAUAUUGAAAAUAAAGGGAUGGUGAGGAACAGGCCCAACAGCCUGGUCCAUUUCCCAUGGAAUGAAUCGCGCAAUAGCCUUGAUUAUUGUAUAAACGUUUACUGUUUCAUAAAAAGCAUAUUUAAACAUGUAUUCAACACAUAUAAAACAUGAGAACAUCAACAUUUCUAAACAUUAAAAACCUCGAUGCAGGCAACUACACUCCAGAAUAAGAGUCGUGCCAUUUGUAGUAUGGGAUACAAUUUAAUUAAAAUAAUAAAUUAAAAUGUCUUU